UGCUUCAACUCUACACAUUCUCCUAACGAAGGAGCAGGAGAUGCCACUACCAAAAAAGAGUAGAAAAUAAUCUGAAUGGAUGUUUUAUUUCUGAGCAUAUAGUAUUUUUCAUUUGGCCAAGUGACAGGAGCUGAUUAUAUCUUAGAUACAAUUUUUAGAUGGUAACUAUUAUUUGAUAUUUUAACCACUAUAUAGUGUCCUAUACAAUACAUUUAUGAUUAUUUAAUUUAUUGGAACAUGUGCCAGUUAUAUUUUGGUCAGUAAUCAUCCCUUUUUUCUUUAGUUGUUGUGUUGUAAGGAGCAGAUGAUGCCAUGGUUAUUCAAAUUGAAAGAUUUUAUAAAGAUGAUAGUAUUUUAAGUUUUUAGUGUAGACAUUCUAUGCUCCUCUCACUUGUAGGCAUUUUAGAAAUCUACAGUGACAGGACGUUGACAUGGGAUCCUCUGAGAUCAAAAUGAGAUAUUGUGGCCAGAAUAUUGUUUCAUAAACACCCACGUCUCAUAAACUGUAUAACUGCUGUCUAAUAGAUAAUAUUCAUUUUUUAUUUCUAUUAUGUGCAUUAGAGUCUAGAACCUGUCUGUAGUUUAGGGACUUGUUGCAUUUAUGAAGAUUCUAUCAGGUUUCAAAUUAUUGUUUUUUUUUUUACGAAUGUUGUAAUGCUGGGUGGGGUGAUAGCUUGAGUGCAGGGGUAAGAUCCACAUUUAUUGGUCCUUUAUGUGUAAGGAGUUGGGGGAGUGUGUCAAUCUUCUAUUCCUUGAUUGUAGGGGUAUUUGGGAGUUGUGGAGUCAUGUGUUUCCUCGUUUUUCAGCUCUUAGAGUUAUGCUGGGUUUGAGGUUGGGGGGUAUAAGGGAGGAAGCGAUGAAGAUAUGGCAAGCAGUGCCCCAAAAGAUAUUGUUGUCGUUCCUUUGGAGAGAAAGGAACAGGGAUACAUUUGUCGACUAUUGGGUCAAUGGCAACAUGUUGACAAAGGAUAUGGCAACUCAAAUAUUUAAAAUCUUGAAGCAGCCAGAUCUCAAAUACCUCACUCAGGAUGACUUCAAACCCCUCCUUCGAGAACUUUUGGCAACUCAUCCUGGGUUGGAGUUCUUACAGAGCACACCAGAAUUCCAAGAAAGAUAUGCUGAAACCGUAAUAUACAGAAUAUUUUACUACGUGAAUAGAUCGGACAAUGGACAUCUUACCCUCAGGGAGCUGAAACGCGGAAACUUAAUUGCUGCAAUGCUACAUGCAGAUGAAGAAGAGGACAUCAACAAAGUUUUGAGGUACUUCUCUUAUGAACACUUUUAUGUUAUAUAUUGCAAGUUCUGGGAGCUGGAUACCGAUCAUGAUUUCUUGAUUGACAAAGAAAACCUUAUUAGAUAUGGUAACCAUGCACUUACCUACAGGAUUGUUGACAGAAUAUUUUCGCAGGUUCCGAGAAAGUUCAACAGUAAGGUUGAAGGAAAGAUGGGAUAUGAAGAUUUUGUUUACUUCAUAUUGUCGGAGGAGGAUAAAUCAUCUGAGCCUAGUCUUGAGUACUGGUUCAAGUGCAUAGAUUUAGAUGGAAAUGGAGUUCUUACAAGGAAUGAAUUGCAAUUCUUUUAUGAGGAGCAGUUGCAUAGAAUGGAGUGCAUGGCUCAAGAGCCUGUACUUUUUGAGGACAUUUUGUGUCAGAUAGUUGACAUGAUUGGACCAGAGAACGAAAGCUAUCUUACAUUACGUGACUUGAAGGGUAGCAGACUUUCAGGCAGUGUUUUCAAUAUUCUUUUUAACCUCAAUAAAUUCAUGGCCUUCGAAACACGAGACCCAUUUCUGAUUCGUCAGGAGCGCGAGAACCCAACAUUGACAGAGUGGGAUCGCUUUGCACACCGUGAAUACAUUAGGCUUUCAAUGGAGGAAGAUGCUGAAGAUGCCUCCAAUGGAAGUGCUGACGUAUGGGAUGAAUCACUUGAGGCUCCCUUUUGA